GGUAGCAUUUUGGGUGAGUUCAGAGUGUGGGGGUUUCCUUUGGAGGAUACAAGAUUGCCUGUGGAGAUGUUUCAAAGUUAUAAUGUGCUAUCAUUACCUCUAGUGGUGUGCUCCCUGACCAGCUGGAAGAUGCUGUUCUCAUUAUCCCAGCACCCAUCCGACUUCUUCAAGUGGUCUUUUUGACUCUCCAACCAGUACGCGUUUUCCUGGCCCUAGUCCUGCCCUGCCUACAGCUUCUGCACUGGUUGCGCCAUGUCCUAAAUUCGGGACUUUUCCUGGGUUGACACUUCGGAGCUGCAGCAGCUGCCCGCCAGAAAACUGGCAGAGCGAUGGGACUACAGCUCCCAGAAGGCCGCGCGGCACGCUUGCUGAUUGGCUGCGUGUGUCCCGCCCCUGCCCCUCCUUGCCAGGAAGACCCAGCAAGUCCCCAGCUAUUGUGCGCCGAGGUCUGACCGGCUGGGACCUCCCAGCUGUGGCCUGAUGGCGGGGUGGCCCGUGUCCCGGAUAAUACGUUGGCUCCUGAGGUCCAGCGCCAGGGGCUGCAGCUCUGGGGCUCCAGUGACGCAGCCUAGCGCCACGGAGCCCUCGCGACCCACCACAGAGGAGCUGUCCAGGCGGCAGCAGUUCCUGCGAGAGCAUGCAUCCCCCUUCUCCGCCUUCCUCAUGGACAGCUUCGGCCGGCAGCACAGCUACCUUCGGAUCUCGCUCACCGAGAAGUGCAACCUCAGAUGCCAGUACUGCAUGCCUGAGGAGGGUGUCCCCUUGACCCCCAAGGCUGACCUGCUGACCACUGAGGAGAUCCUGACCCUUGCUCGGCUCUUUGUGAAAGAAGGCGUUGACAAGAUCCGCCUCACAGGUGGAGAGCCGCUUAUCCGGCGGGACGUGGUGGACAUCGUGGCCCAGCUCCGCCAACUGGAGGGCCUGAAGACCAUUGGAGUGACCACCAAUGGCAUCAACCUGGCCCGGCUGCUGCCCUCACUGCAGAAGGCAGGGCUCAGUGCCCUCAACAUCAGCCUGGACACCCUGGUGCCCGCUAAGUUUGAGUUCAUCGUCCGCAGGAAAGGCUUCCACAAGGUCAUGGAAGGCAUCUACAAGGCCAUCGAGCUGGGGUACCGCCCCAUCAAGGUGAACUGCGUGGUAAUGCGAGGCCUGAAUGAGGACGAGCUUCUGAACUUUGUAGCCCUGACCGAGGGCCUCCCUCUGGACGUGCGCUUCAUAGAGUACAUGCCCUUCGACGGCAACAAGUGGAACUUCAAGAAGAUGGUCAGCUACAAGGAGAUGCUGGACACCAUUCACCAGCAGUGGCCGGAGCUGGAGAAGCUGCCGGAGGAGAAAUCGAGCACUGCCAAGGCCUUCAGAAUCCCGGGCUUCCAAGGCCAGAUCAGCUUCAUCACGUCCAUGUCCGAGCAUUUCUGCGGGACCUGCAACCGGCUGCGAAUCACCGCUGAUGGGAACCUCAAGGUCUGCCUCUUUGGGAACUCAGAAGUCUCCCUACGGGACCACCUGCGGGCCGGCACCUCAGAGCAGCAGCUGCUGACCAUCAUUGGGGCCGCAGUGGGCAGGAAGAAACGGCAGCAUGCAGGCAUGUUCAAUAUUGCCCAGAUGAAGAACCGGCCCAUGAUCCUCAUCGGGUUAUUUUUGAUGCUCCAGGAUUCCCCACCAGCCAGUCCAGUCAUCUCCUCCUGGGACCCUGUCCCUGCUCAGGGCUGGAGGCCCAGGCUGCUUCCCUCUCACCUGAUGGCAACUUCGUGGAAAGAACACUGGGGCCCCCAGGCCCCUGCUCUGGCCUGGCAGCGGCCAAGGUCUGGAUCCCCUCUGAGACUCUACAGCUCCCUUGCAGACUCCAACACCACCUCAAUGUGCCUUAGCCCAGGGACCCGGGCUCCUGCCACCACCUCAGGACCCUGGGCAACCUCAGAUCAACUCACGCAUGUGGACGCGGAAGGGCGGGCAGCUAUGGUGGAUGUGGGCAGGAAGCCAGACACGGAUCGGGAAGCUGUGGCCUCCGCUGUGGUCCUCCUGGGGCCUGUGGCCUUCAAGCUUGUCCAGCAGAACCAACUAAAGAAGGGAGAUGCCCUAGGGGUGGCCCAGCUGGCUGGAGUCCAGGCAGCCAAGCUGACCAGCCAGCUGAUUCCUCUGUGCCACCACGUGGCCCUGAGCCAUGUCCAGGUGCAGCUGAGGCUGGAACCCGCACGCCACGCCGUGGUGAUCCAGGGCUCCUGCCGGGCUCGGGGCCCCACUGGGGUGGAGAUGGAGGCGCUGACCUCCGUUGCUGUGGCUGCCCUCACCCUGUAUGACAUGUGCAAGGCUGUCAGCAGGGACAUCGAGAUAGGGGAGAUCAAGCUCGUCAGCAAGACCGGAGGCCAGCAUGGGGACUUCCACCGGCCAUAGAAAUCCCACCCCUCCUGCACCUACAAUUCGGGCCAACAGAAAGAUGUCAUGUUCCUGCAGUCUGUUACUAAAGCAUGACCGUCACCAGUCAGAAGCCAAGGUCAAGCUCCCCUUGUUGCUGGAUGAUUGUAAUAACCUGUGAAGCUCACUUUGUACAAAGAGGGACCCCAGCAGGCCUCAAAGCCUUCCAGGACUGAGUUAAUGGAGGGUUUGCCAAGUGUACCACGAGAUGCCUGGAAAAUCAUGGCAUGUUUCUUAGGCUCUUAUUUCAGCCUGGCCUGUGACUUAUUUUGGGUUUUCACUUCUCCUGCUUCUAUGGGGAAAGAACAAGGGCUCAUUCCAUCAAGGAACCCACUUUGACAAAGGAAAAGCACAAGCUUGCACCAAGAAUGUUUCACAACUCCUCAGCAACAGCUUUGAGAAGUCACAGCCCCUCCAUCUCUGCCAUCCCUCCUACAAGACAGCCACCUGUCCCCUCCAUUUGCCCAAGUCUGGGCCCCAGCCAGCCUGUAGGCCUUGGGCUCCUCUUACCAGAACCACGAGUGGGCUCAGCCCGGAGGAAUCCUGGCGGACCACUUCUCCCACGCCUGGUCUGCUCCCACCCCUCUUUAUUCUGGAAUAUAUCAGGGAGAGGAGAGCCAGAGGUUACCUUCACUCUCUCAGCACCCAAAUAAAGCCACAGUGCCAGAGUUGGA